GCUGGUGCUGGAGACGGCUUUCGCUUUGCGGGGGUUGGCCGCGCGCCUGCGGCUGCUUUCCGUGGAAGCUUCGCAAGCUUUGGUGUGAGCUGUGGGAGGAGGGUAGGCCUGAGCUUAGGAACUGACGCUAGGAGCUCGGAGAUAGCUGGACUUUUUUUGGUUUUGCCUUAAAUCCUCUCUCGUCCUUACUGGUGUCGUCCUGUACUUGGUAGCUGUUGCCAUCGGAAUUAUUAUCUGCUACUACUACUAUUUUUAAGGAAGAUCCAGCGUGCACAGCUAAUUUGAUCUGGUGGCGCCUUUGAUAAAAGUGGCAGCUCUGGCGGAUCCUAGGGCACCUGAGGGUGGCCUACAGACCUGCGACAAGUAAGGGACAACAAAGCAAUUUGUUGUCUCUUUAUUUGGAGCUGGGAAGAACCCGGCAUGGCAGAUGCUAGUUCGAGGACUGACACAUCAACAGUUCUGGAUACCGAAGAUAAGAAUCAAAUGUUAGACGGGCAAAGCGGAGGCAUUAUGCCUUCUAAUUCAUCUGAUCGGUCUGACAGGUCUGACAAGCCCAUGGACCAAAAGGUGUUACGCCGGCUUGCUCAAAAUCGUGAGGCUGCAAGAAAAAGUCGGCUGAGAAAAAAGGCAUAUGUACAACAAUUAGAGAGCAGUAAGCUGAAACUUGCAAGCCUGGAGCAAGAGAUCCAGAAAGCUCGCCAACAAGGAAUCUACAUUUCAAGCUCAGGAGAUCAAACUCAUGCUAUGAGUGGAAAUGGAGCUAUGACUUUUGAUCUAGAAUAUGCCCGGUGGUUGGAGGAGCAAAACAAACAGAUAAAUGAGCUGAGGACAGCAGUAAAUGCUCAUGCAAGUGACAGCGACCUCCGUCUCAUUGUAGAUGGAAUAAUGGCGCAUUAUGAUGAGAUAUUCAGGCUGAAGGGUGUUGCCGCAAAGGCUGAUGUGUUUCAUAUACUUUCAGGCAUGUGGAAAACACCUGCUGAAAGGUGCUUCUUGUGGCUUGGGGGUUUUCGUUCCUCUGAGCUUCUAAAGCUUCUUGUGAAUCAACUUGAGCCUUUAACUGAGCAGCAGUUGUUGGGACUAUCGAACCUCCAACAAUCCUCUCAGCAGGCGGAAGAUGCUCUAUCACAGGGAAUGGAAGCGCUACAACAAUCCUUGGCAGAUACGUUGGCUGGGUCCCUUGGCCCAUCAGGAUCAUCAGGGAACGUGGCAAACUACAUGGGUCAAAUGGCUAUGGCCAUGGGAAAACUUGGGACCCUUGAGAAUUUCCUCCGUCAGGCUGACAAUUUGCGGCAGCAGACCUUACACCAAAUGCAGCGAAUUCUGACAAUCCGACAAGCUGCCCGUGCUCUCCUUGCAAUACACGAUUACUUCUCACGUUUGCGUGCCCUGAGUUCACUCUGGCUUGCUAGGCCACGGGAGUAAUAAAUAGGGUGCAUCCCCGUCGAUGCUUCACAAACUGAUCUGGGAGGGAUGGCGGAGUCGGACUGAUUGAUGCAUCAUUGGUGGUUCAGUUUCCGCAGCGCAAGUUAUAUUGACACCUUUUGGUUCCAUGUUGUACCUGAUGUUGUACAAGUAGGGUAAAGCUUGUAACUUGUAAGUUAUGGUGAAUUUAUGAUUGGCAGAUUGUACAAUUGUAUUAGCAAUAAAAUAAAAGUAGAUAAAGGCUGGAAGAAUAUCCAGUGAUUACAGA